AGGGGGGCGGUUAAGGGGAGCUGAUGUUGUGUUGGUCUGGAGGGUCCCUGUGUCCAGGAAGAGGAUAUAAGAAGAGCAGCUUUGCAGGUAGAGCUUCCCAACUGAGUACCAUGUGAAGGUCUGACAGAUCCCCUUGAUUCGUGGGACAGGAGAGACGUCCCUCUUUCAGUCCAGAAGGGGAAAAUUCUUUGAACGUUUUUGUCUGCUUCAGUAGGCUCUUAAAGUAUCAUCUUUACCUGAACCACACGGGCACGUGCCUGAGCCAGUUUGCCCACUGUGGGGAAAGGAAGUCUCAGGAGGCAUUCCGCGCACCAUGGAGAAACCGUGGAAGUGUGGGGAUUGCGGGAAAGGAUUCCGCUCCCCCUCCGUGCUGGAGAUCCACCGCCGUGUCCACACCGGGGAGCGGCCCUUCACCUGCUCCGUCUGCGGCAAGGGCUUCACCCAGUCGUCCCACCUGCUGACCCACCAGCGGGUCCACACCGGGGAGAGGCCCUUCACCUGCUCCGUCUGCGGCAAGGUCUUCUCUGACUCGUCCCACCUGCUGUCCCACCAGCGUGUCCACACCGGGGAGCGGCCCUUCACCUGUUCCGUCUGUGGCAAGGGCUUCACCAAGUCGUCCAACCUGUUCUCGCACCAAUGGGUCCACACCGAGGAGAGGCCGUUCAGCUGCUCCGUCUGCGGCAAGGGCUUCUCUCACUCGUCCCACCUGCUUAAGCACUGGCGGGUCCACACCGGGGAGCGGCCCUUCACCUGCUCCAACUGCGGCAAGGGCUUCUCUCACUCGUCUCACCUGCUCAGGCACUGGCGGGUCCACACCGGCGAGCGGCCCUUCACCUGCUCUGUCUGCGGCAAGGGCUUCACCCAGUCGUCCCACCUGCUGCAGCACCAGCAGGUCCACACCGGCGAGGGGGUCUUCACCUGCUCAGUCUGCGGCAAGGGCUUCACCCAGUCGUUCACCCUGCUGACCCACCAGCAGGUCCACACCGGGGAGCGGCCCUUCACCUGCUCGUUGUGCGGCAAGGGCUUCACUCGCUCGUCCAGCCUGCUGCGGCACCAGCGGGUCCACACCGGGGAGCGGCCCUUCACCUGCUCCGUCUGCGGCAAGGGCUUCACC